AUGAUUGUGGUUGAUGAAAUGCCUUUUCGAACAAUAGAUGCUGAAGGGGAGACUAUAGGUCUAUCCAUUAUGAAUUGUUUGAAGGAAUGGGAAAUAGAGAAGAUCUUCACUGUGACGGUAGAUAAUGCCAGUACCAAUGAUAAUGCCAUAAAGCAUUUAACUCGAAGAACAAAAGACACUGCAUUUGAUAAGUUAGAGUGUGAAGACAUUCGUUACUCUUCCUAUUUUGGUGGUGCUGAAGAAGAGGUAGCAGAGCAAGCUAAUGUCAUUAGCAAACAAAAUGAGAUGUUUGGUAGCACAAGAGAAAGAGGACGAAAGAGGCAGAAAUUGAUUGGUCCUCCUAGCUGUGAAGAUUGGAAAAACUCCAGGUGCUUGGUUGAAUUUUUGUGGCUGUUUUAUAAUGCCACCUUAAAGUUUUCUGGAACUCAACAUGUCACCUCCAACUACUUUUUUCAUGAGCUUGUGGCUGUUCAACAAGGGAUUCUGGACAUGACAAAGAGUAGCGAUCACAUGUUAAGUGGAAUGGCAUUUAGGAUGCUAGGAAAAUUUUCCAAGUAUUGGGUGCAAGUUGACAAUCUGAAUCCUUUACUACAUAUUGAUGUUGUUCUUGACCCUCGAUAUAAAUUGAGAUAUGUAGAGCAUUGCAUGGAGAUUAUUUAUGAUGCUGUAGUUGCUGCUAACUUUUCAAAGGAUUUGGAGAGCAAGUUCUUGGAAUUGUAUGCCUUUUAUUUGAAGGAAAACAUGGAAUCUCUUCUUGCAACAGAUGCUGGAUCGUCUUCAGCGUCUUUUAAUCCCCAAGAUUUGUCAAAAGUUGAUCCGGCAAAAGCAUUGAGGAUGAAAUUUGCCAAGUCAACUACAUCUUCUGUCACUUCUGGAGGCAAAUCAGAAGCUCAACGAUCAUCACCAAAACCCAUUGAACCAGAGAAUAAUGACCAUGAAUCUGUCGAAGUUGCUGCUGCAUUUGGAGAAACUAAUUCGGGAAAAUGA